UAAGCGUGAGUAGUGAGUACAAAAUAAAUAUCAUUUAAUCAGAGAAAGAAAAAAUUGUGACCCCUUCAAGAUUCGGUAGAAUCCUUAUUCCUCACAACAUGACGAAGUUUGCCACUCUCAAGUCUCAAUACGAGGAGUGAGAGAAGUCGUAGGAAGUAGGAACACACUACACGCAACAACAUAUCCAGAUUCACUCAUUCAUCAUCAUCAACUAUCUCCAUAAUCCACGCUUACUAGUCAAUACCAUGUGUCAAUACCAUGUGUCAAUAUGAUACACCUUUUCUUCUUCUCACUAUUCACUGGCUCUGCACCACCACUUUCAUCUUCCGUUUGGUAAGAUCAAAUAAGAAAAAUCCCACCUGUUGCUUGUCUUCUUGAGAAAAUCACUGUUUUGUUAAUACCCAUGUGCUAUAUUCAUGUUAUUCCCGACAUCACAUGUUCAAAAGUUGAUUUGGCACCCUUGUUAGAUCUCAGGGUGAUUUACGUUGUGUCACGAGAUUUUCUGAGGUUUUGAUGACCAUGUCGUAAAUUCCACCCCUUUGUGUUCAGUGUUGACUUUAUUUGCAUUCAAAAUUGGAUCUUACAAGGGGGUGGUUGGUUGCCAUAGAAGAUUUGAUUUGAUUUGAUUUUAUGUUAUUUUGUUUUGUUGGUUUUAAUUUGUAAGGAAGAUGCAAUCAAGGGGUGUGCCCCUUGAAGAGGGAAAGGAAAGGAGCAACCAGUCCAAGGGUUUGCCUUUGAGACCACUGAAGCUACUUGUGUUGUUUCUAGCUCUAUGCGUUGUGUUCUCUGUCAUUAGCAUAUACACUGUUAAGCAUUUUGGAAUUGAGAGUGUGGUCACCACAGUGAGUUCGAGUUUUCAGCCAUGUUAUGAUGAGGAGCCAGGUGGUUUGGAUAAGUGGAUUAUGCCACCUUUGAAGCUGAUCCACAAUAUGAGUGACAAAGAACUGCUGUGGAGGGCUUCCUUUGUUCCUAGGAUCAAGGUUUACCCUUAUCCAAGGGUUCCCAAGAUUGCAUUCAUGUUCCUGACCAAGGGACCAUUGCCUCUGGCACCCCUUUGGGAGAGGUUUCUCAAGGGACAUGAGAAGCUUUUUUCCAUAUACAUUCAUUCAUUGCCCUCAUUUCAACCUCAGUUUCCUCCUUCAUCUGUCUUUUACAACAGGCAAAUCCCUAGCAAGAUUUCUGAGUGGGGAAGGAUGAGCAUGUGUGAUGCUGAAAGAAGACUCCUUGCUAAUGCAUUGCUUGAUAUCUCCAACGAGUGGUUCAUUCUGCUAUCUGAAUCAUGCAUUCCCCUCUACAAGUUCAGUUUUGUCUAUCAUUACUUAAUGAAAUCCAAACACAGCUUCGUUGGUGCGUUUGACGAUCCGGGUCCAUUCGGAAGAGGGCGCUACAACGAGAACAUGGCCCCCCUGGUGAACAUCACCAAGUGGCGCAAGGGCUCUCAAUGGUUCGAAGUAAAUCGAAAGCUUGCCAUCAACAUCGUUGAGGACACUACAUUUUAUCCUAAGUUCGAACAAUAUUGUCGGCCGGCUUGUUAUGUGGACGAGCACUACUUCCCCACCAUGCUCACCAUUCAAGCAGGAAAUGUGUUGGCAAAUAGGAGCAUAACUUGGGUGGACUGGUCUAGGGGUGGAGCUCACCCAGCAACGUUUGGAAGAGCAGAUAUCACAGAAGAGUUUUUCAAUAGAGUUCGUGGAGGUCACAAAUGCCUAUACAACAAUAGGAACUCUUCAGUUUGUGUUCUUUUUGCCAGAAAAUUUGCUCCCAGUGCUUUGGAACCUUUGUUACAUAUGGUGGAUUCAAAGGUAUUGGACUUCUGAGUUUUGACAAAUAUUCACACUCUCCAUUGCAAUUAAGGGAAAACAAUAUAGAUGUAGAAUAAAGUCCUUAGAAACUAGUAAAAUUCAUUAUAUGUCAUGACAUGAUAAUGCUUGAUUGGAGUGUGCUAGGUGGUAGAGUGAUCCCAUUUCAUAUACAGAUUCGAGUCAUUUUUGAAUGUACAAAGGAGACGUAUUUGAUCAUUUGAGCAUACUUUUUUUUUAAUAUUCAUUGCUGGGAUCUUUGCUUUUA